AUGGACCCCGAGGGCUCGACGAGCGACGCAGAAAAUCGGGCUAUGCUUUCGCCGUUACGAAGCAAACAACGACGGUCUUUUCUUGAUGUGACAGCAACGCCGUCCUUGCCACACACACCGAAUACUGCGACGAAAGACGGCUCUCGUAUGCCAGUGCCUGAGUUGGAGAAAGACACCCACAAGAAGUUAUACCACUACUUUCACUUGACAGCAUUGAGCAUCAUCCACGAAAACAGUCUGAUCGAACGCUGUUUCAAUUCAUCCAGCCGCAUCACAAUCGAUAUGUGGUACCAUGAAGUCAUAGCGAAGAAAGUUCCGUUUCUCAUGUGGCAUUCGUGGCUCACCAAACGCAUCAGCAAGGUGACUGCAUCUGUACAGGGCGAAGAUGGCGUGUCGAAACGCUUCACACUGUUGUCUAAAGGCUCGGGUUUUGGAAGUGCGUUUCACGGGUUUUCCAUGCGGAAGAUUGGCGGUAGCGGCAAUAGUGAAGCAGCAAACACUUUGCUUCCUUCUCCACCGACCGCUUCAUCGUCACCCGCGUCCCCACCGGUGGCUCGCGUACCGUUUUCAGUAGCACGAGCAUUUUUCCGCUUGCUGCGAAAGAGCACACGUGCAAGUGCAAGUGCUAGCGCUACGCCGAAUAGUAAAUGUUCGGCCGAUGGUUCACCUGCUCAAUAG